ACGUUUAGGUGUCUCUACUUGUCAUUUCGUCAAAAUGGCAGCCACUUUGAGAGAAAAACAAGCUGCGGCCUUAAGACGAAUGUUAAACUUUAAUGCCCCCAUAACCAAGGCUUCAUCUAACGAACCACAAUGGAAAAUACUAGUCUACGAUCGUUUCGGCCAGGAUAUCAUAUCUCCAUUAUUGUCUGUAAAGGAACUGCGGGACUUGGGAGUCACUCUUCAUCUAAAUUUGCAUUCAGAUCGAGACACUAUUCCAGAUGUCCCUGUCAUUUAUUUUGUUAUGCCAACCGAUGAUAAUGUCCAGAGAAUUUGUCGUGAUUUUGAGAACCAGUUAUAUGAAAGUUACUAUUUAAAUUUCAUCUCGGCAAUUUCUAGACAGAAGUUAGAAGACAUUGCUAGUGCUUCCAUUCAGUACAGUUGCGUUGCGCAAGUCUCGAAAAUUUAUGAUCAGUAUUUGAACUUUAUUUCGCUAGAAGACGAUUUAUUCACUUUGAGACAUCAAGAUCGUGAUGCUAUAUCCUACUACGCAUUAAAUCGUGGAGAUGUCAAAGACACGGAAAUGGAAGCCAUUAUGGAUACGAUCGUCGACAGUUUGUUUUCAGUUUUUGUGACGCUUGGUGUAGUUCCUAUCAUCAGAUCUGCUAGGGGUAAUGCUGCAGAAAUGGUUGCAGAGAAACUGGACAAAAAGUUGCGUGAAAACGUUCGCGACGCCAGAAAUAGUUUAUUCACAUCUGACAGUGCUCCCGGGCAGUUCAGUUUUCAAAGACCUCUUUUAGUUUUAUUGGAUAGAAAUCUUGACCUUGCUACAAUGUUACAUCAUACCUGGACUUAUCAAGCCCUCGCUCAUGACGUCCUUGACCUCAAAUUAAAUAGGGUUGAAAUCGAAGAAUCAACCAAUGUACAGUCCCCAGCAGGCAGCCCUAGACCAAUGAAAAAGAAGAAAUCAUAUGAUUUAAACACCAAUGAUAGAUUUUGGCACAUCCAGAAAGGAAGUCCAUUUCCCACCGUUGCCGAAGCUGUACAGGAGGAACUUGAUGCAUACAGAACCCAAGAAGAUAAAGUCAAAAGUUUAAAAGCUGCCAUGGGUAUCGAGGGAGAAGACGAUUCGGCCAUUAGCAUGUUAUCAGACAACACGGCAAAGUUAACGUCUGCUGUCAACUCUCUACCUGAACUGCUGGAGAAAAAACGAUUGAUUGACAUGCAUACAAAUAUUGCAACAGCUCUUCUAGAACAAGUGAAAACAAGAAAACUGGACAUUUAUUUUGAAUGUGAAGAGAAAUUAAUGAGCAAAUCAGUACAAGAUAAGUCACUGAUGGAGUUGAUCGCAGACCCUGAAGCUGGAACACCUAAUGAUAAAGUUCGUUUAUUUGCAAUUGCUUUGAUUUGUGGUCCCCAUAUGUCUGAAGCCGAGAUCGACCAGUAUUGCGUUGCUUUAACGGAAGCUGGGUGUGACAUCAGUCCCGUUCAAUAUGUUCGUCGAUGGAAGGCUUACGCUAAAAUGACCGCUGCUCCUAGUCAAUACGGUGGAGGUGGUAUCAGUUCGACGGGGAUGUUCGCAAAUCUGGUUUCAAAAGGUUCACAAUUUGUCAUGGAAGGCGUAAAAAAUCUAGUUGUAAAGAGACAUAAUUUACCAGCGACGCGGAUAGUCGACGCUUUAAUGGAACUAAAGUCGUACCAGGAUGUAGAGGACUAUCGUUAUUUCGAUCCAAAACUUCUUCGUGCGGACAGCUCAUCGGUGCCGAGAAACAAGUCUCCGUUUCAAGAAGCUUUCGUGUUCGUUGUCGGUGGUGGAAACUAUAUAGAAUACCAGAAUUUAGUUGACUAUGCUAGAAGUAAAUCAGUGACCUCCCCUAAAAAGAUUUGGUACGGUUGUAGUGAUUUGGUUAAUGCUUCGUUGUUUUUGAAACAGUUAGGACAUCUAGGAAAGGAGAUAUGAUGUAACAAAAGACAUGGAAUUACGCUACAACUAUCAUUAUUUAAUUGUGCUGUUUUAGAAGCAGGCCUGGAAAUAACGGUUUUAGAUGUACAUGUACAUGUAUCUGUCAAAAUGUCCGGCACCAAUGAAAUAGUACCUGACAUUUCCAACUUAGUGCUGGAUAUGUAUUAAUAAUAUCAAUAAAAAAAGACAAGUCCGGGCCAGACAAAAUGACAGGCACCAGAGGUUUUGUGCCUGACAAAGCCUUAAUCUGUGCCUGACAUUGUCUAUGACAGGUGCCUUAUUUCCAGACUUGUUUAGAAGGAGUUUCUGUAUAUAAUGUUAUGUUUCAAACUAUUAGUGGCAAAUUACUCAAAUUCGUUGAGAAUCAUCAAAAAAUAUUGGGUUCCUACUAGUGUUGGCACGAUAUAUAUGUAUCAUUGAAUCGAUGUAUUAUGAUUCACCUUCCCACGAUUCACGUAUUGAGACGCUAAAUCAAUGUAUCAUGAUUCUUUUU